CCCGGAUUCUGAUAUUGAGUGUCUUGGCAAAAUCCUGUGGUGAUGUCGGGCUCGGCAACGUUUGUUCGGACCUCUCCGCCAUCACGAUUCACGAUUCACGAGUCCCACGACGACCACUACUCACUCACUCACCAGUGCCGCCACAUACGUACAACAAGACUGACUGAACUUGGUAUGGCAUCUUAGCGCGUGGGAGGAAAGCGCUCAAAUCUCCAAUUCUAAAACAUCCCGGAUCCUGCGUGUCCCAAUAUUCGUCGCCUUUGCUAAACUGCUAGUGUGCGCGUUGCAAGGAUGGCCAACAAGCUAUUUCCGUAGCCCAUCCGUCAUCUUAUCUCCCGGCGCCCGCGGCGUUUGGACCUUGCAGCCGCGCCAUGUAUGUAUGAUGUACACUACGGUGUAGUCCCCCCCCCUUCUCGACCUUUACGACGCUUCUUAGCAAGUCAGGCAAGCCCGCAGCCCGCCAAGUCGAGCUAAGAGGACCCUCCUUUGCUUUUUUCGAGCAUGGGCUGUGCAGUGCAUCGACCUGAGCGAGGGUAUCCCCAGGCAUGACUCGGCCUUGUUUUUGCUCCUUGGUACCCGGGUCUCUUGGCUUUGGUCGUGAAGCUUGGCAAUUACAACGGGAUGAACGCGAAGGGGAGGAGGGGAGAGAGAACAAGUGCUGACAGCCCGCAUCUCAUGCGGAACAGCCUUGGCAGAACCUUGACGGGAUAUAUGGGCGGCCUACCUGACCGAGUUGGUUACGCAGUUCCUCUUCCCUCUCUUUCUUCGCUCGCUCUGUCUGUCACUCACUCUCUCUCUCUCUUACACUAGCCAACAGUCAGGUCUCGCUCCCAAGACCGCGUCAUUCGUUUUUCUUAUACCAUACCAAAGUCAUUCUUUACAUAAUACCUCUCAACUAGUCACUCUUUCAGAUCAACCGAGAUGCAUUUCAAGACCGUCGCCGCGUCGCUCCUCGUGGCCGGAGCGGCUGCCACCCCCUUCCGCCGCCAGACCUCCAACGAGACCUACUGCGACGAGGACGUCCCCGUCCCCAAGCCUAGCACCACCAAGGCUCACUUCCCCCCGUACCCCGUGAACACCACCAUUCCCGGUGUCCCCUCAAACCCCGGUGGCUCAUACCCGGGCUCGGGCUCAAACCCUGGCUCGGGUUCUGGCUCUGGUUCUGGUUCUGGUUCUUACCCGGGCUCUGGCUCCGGCUCCGGCUCCGGCUCUGGUUCUGGUUCUGGUUCUUACCCGGGGUCCGGCUCCGGCUCUAACACUGGUUCCGGCUCUGGAUCUGGCUCUGGGUCUGGCUCCGGUUCUGGUUCUGGUUCUGGUUCUGGCUCUGGCUCUGGCUCUGGCUCUGGCUCUGGCUCUGGCUCUGGCUCUGGCUCUGGCUCUGGCUCUGGCUCUGGCUCUGGCUCUGGCUCUGGCUCUGGCUCUGGCUCUGGCUCUGGCUCUGGCUCUGGCUCUGGCUCUGGCUCUGGCUCUGGCUCUGGCUCUGGCUCUGGCUCUGGCUCUGGUUACAACCCCGGAUCUGGCUCUGGCUCCGGAUCUGGCUCUGGCUCUGGCUCUGGCUCUGGAUCUUACCCGGGCUCUGGUUCCAACCCUGGAUCCGGCGCUGGCGGCUCGUGGCCCUCUGCCUCUGCGAAGCCCUCUUUCCCUGGCGGCAACGUUCCCUCGUACCCGGGCAAGCCGACUGCUGGCUCUUCGUACGUCCCCUUCCCUCUGAACACCACCGUUCCCACCGCUGCCCCCUCCUUCACGACCAUCCCCGGUGUUGCUCUUCCCACCGAGCCCGUCGCCAUUCCCAGUACCACCGUGCCCGUCGGCAGCAACGACACCGCCACGGCCUCCGGCUCCAGCUCCGCUCUGCCCAUCUCUACCGCUCCUGCCACCACGAUCCCUUACGGUGUUGCCAUCACCAGCUGCACUGUCGAGGGUGACUUUGCUCUCACCUUUGACGACGGUCCUUUCACUUACACCAGCCACGUCCUGGACCUCCUGGCUGAGGCUGGCGCCAAGGCCACCUUCUUCAUCAACGGCGAGAACUUUGGCAACAUCAACGACUUCCAGGACGUCGUCAAGCGCAUGGACGCCGAGGGCCACCAAAUCGGCUCUCACACCUACAGCCACCCUGACCUCGCUACUCUGGGUGACGCCGACAUCAUCCCCGAGAUGACCUCGCUCGAGGACGCCAUCAUCAACAUCAUCGGAAAGUACCCCACGUACAUGCGCCCGCCCUUUUUCAGCUGGAACGACAACACCCUCUCCAUCCUCAAGGCUCUCGAGUACCACGUCAUCCACGCCGAUGUCGACUCCUUGGACUACGCCAACAACGCGCCUCUUGGCAACCUGACCAGUGUCGGCAUCUUCGAGAGGGGUGUUGACGCCGGUGGUUCCAUCGCUCUGGCCCACGAGGUCCACCAGAACACCGCCGAGUACCUCGUCCCCGAGUUCCUCCGCAUCAUCAAGGAGAAGAACCUCCGCGCCGUCACCGUCGGUGAGUGCCUGGGCGACCCCAAGGCCAACUGGUACAAGACCAAGCGCACCUCGACCCCGACCGCCACCGCCUCCAGGAUCGUCGUUUCCAUCACCAGCACCGCUACCCCUACCGGCGUCAUCGGCCCCGACGGCGCCUGCGGCGGCUCCGAGGGCUACGUCUGCGAGGCCGGCGCCUGCUGCAGCGAGUACGGAUUCUGCGGCACCUCCCAGGCCUACUGCGGCGUUGGUUGCCAGCCUCUCUUCGGCGUCUGCGGCGUUGCCGCCCCGGCCCCGGCCCCCUCCGGCGGAUCGGCCACCGGCACCGCCAGCGCCCCUGCUGCCACUCAGACCGGCGCCACCGGUGGUGUGAGCCCCGACAGCUCCUGCGGCGGUGCCAACGGCUACACGUGCCCCGGCACCACCUGCUGCAGCGAGUACGGCUUCUGCGGUGACACCACCGCUCACUGCGGUGUCGGCUGCCAGCCCCUCUUCGGCACCUGCGCUUAAGUGGCGUGUUGGGCCGGGUAGAGAGUAGUGUUGUGUAUGUGUGGGUGUGGGUGUGUGUGUAAUAUUCGCCGUAUGUCAAGAGCCAUGUCGUUGGCUUGGAACAAAAUUUUCUUUUACAUAUAUCCUGAAAGAGCUGUGCAUAGAGUCAAUAGAGUGUAUCUACUUCAUCAACGAUGCGGCCACAUACCAUACAUGCAUCACAUCGCCAC